AAGAGGAAGAGGAGCAAGGAGAAGAAGCAGAAGCGGGCGCUGCGGGCCCGUGUUCCCCCGCGACCCCGCGCUCUUCGCCGAGUUCUUCCCGGAGCAGCGCCGGUUCCGGCUGUGCGGGCGCGUCCUGCGCAUCGCGGAGCACCACGGGCCGCGGCUCGGGCCCGCCGGGGCCGUCUGGGAAGCGGCUCUGUCCCUGUGCCGGUUCCUGGGCGAGCAGAACCUGCAGCUGGCGGGGCGGCGGGUCCUGGAGCUGGGGGCCGGGACCGGACAUCGUGGGCAUCUUCGCUGCCAUGCUGGGGGCGGAGGUGACGCUCACGGACCGGCCCCCGGCGCUGCCGCAGCUGCGGGACAACGCCCGGCGGAACUUCCCGGGGGGCGCGGGGGCACCGCGGGUGCGGGCGCUGCGCUGGGGCCGCGACCAGCGCCGCUUCCCCCCCAAAUUCCACCUCAUCCUGGGCUCCGACAUCGUCUACGACCCCCGAGCCUUCUCCCCGCUCCUUGGCACCCUGCGGCACAUCGUGGUGCCCCCGGCCCAGGCGCUGCUCAGCGCCCGCCUGCGGGGGGGCGACGCCGGCGCCUCCCGUUUUCUUCCGCCAGAUGUUGCCCCCGUUUUUUCGGGUGCAGCUGCUGCGGCGAGAACCGGAGGGGGACAUCGAGAUCUACGCGGUGACCCCCCGGCAGGAGCGGGGCGGGGGGGCGCAGCCCGUCCUGGGGUCUCUGACGGCGGGGCCGGAGGGGAUUAAAUGCUCUCGAGGA